AUUUAGUGGUUCAGUCGUAGAUGCUAUCCUGGGAACGAGAACUGUAGUACUCAAGAAGAAGAAAAUGGCGUCGGUCCGAAAUAAUCCGAGUAACGUCGAAGACGUAUUCGUGGCCAUGGCCGCCAUGGCGCCGAGAAAAGCUCUCUUUCAAUCACCAAAGGAGGAUGAAAUGGUUGAAGAUGGCAGUCAGUCCCUUGUGAAUAAACUCAUGAUGGAUUUUGAUGUGGCCUCUGUCAGGAGAUCUACCAAUGCAGAGUUGCACCAGCAGCGGCUGAACGUGUUGAGACUUCGGCUGGAAGAAACGGCAGCAGACAACUGGAGAUAUAAACCUGUGGACAAGCUGAUGGGACUAUAACAGCUCACACUUACUCAUACAGUUUACCUCCAUUCAAGGACAUUAUUGCUCCAUUGUUCAGCAUCUUGUUAAUGUUGUGAGGAUAUGACAUACAUGUACUUGCAAGAAAUUAAUGGCUGAUAGUCAGCUAUUUCUAUUGGCACUUUGACUACAUGUACUGUCCAAGUAAACCACCUUUUUGUGGUCCACAUGUUAGUCAUCUUGGACAGGUGUAACUGUGAACUUGUAGAUGUCUUCAUGUUGUAAUAAUCAUCCUAUCACUAUGAUUAUGUGAGUUUAAUUGGUCUAAAUUUUUAUAACUAAUCAAAAUACAUGAUCUAAACAUUGAUAUUGACAUGGCAAUGACUGUGUGAAUACACAUGUAUUGUAUUUCUACCCUGAAUAGUGUGUGCCAAGAACUGAAGUCGCUGAAAAUUAGCUGGAAGUUAUAAUAAUGACAAGCUUGAUUGGAAUCCUUGUAAGAGCUGAAGUUAACUUAUUUCUGUUAGAUAUUCGCUCACUUAUUGUAAAGUAAAAGAAAACAACUGAAGCUUACGCUUUGCAUCAUGGACACUUCCGUGGUUUUAAAAAAAGUACUUAUUUACCAGAUUCUGGGCUCAGGAUUGAAAUAAAGUUAUACAUUUUAAUGAA